AACACAGUAAAAAAAUCAAACCAAAGAAUCCAAUUCACACCCUCUUAUUCCCUUGGUCCCCUUUCUCCAUCUCUCACCCUCUCUCAGAAUCUCACAUCCCCAAAAUAUCAACCGACCUCCCCCCAUUUUUUUUUACAGUUCCAGUUCCAGAAGACAUUGACAUUACUCAUUUCUCUUUCCUCAGAGUCAGACUCACAAAGACACUGAAACUGAGCUCCCCAACUUGUCCCUCUCACUCUUACUUCACCUCAGUUUUAGAGCUGCAGCUCCUUCACUUUAUACUCCACCCUGAGCUGCACAGAAUGGAGCCCUUUAGCCACUGUUCUUCAUUGUUCUUCCUCGUUCUGCUAAUUUCAGGGUUCCUCUACUCUGAAGUGGCGAACUCAAUUGGAAUCAACUACGGCCAGAUUGCCAACAACUUACCUUCACCGGAAGCCGUGGUGCCCAUAGCGAAAUCCAUCGGAAUCACCAGAAUCAAGCUCUACGACGCCGAUCCCAAAGUCCUCAAGGCAUUCGCCAACACCGGAGUGGAGUUCAUAGUGGGCCUCGGGAACGAGUACCUCGCCAAGGUCCAAGAUCCGGGGAAAGCCCAAGAAUGGGUCAAGUCCAACGUCCAGGCUUACCUCCCGGCCACCAAGAUCACCUGCAUCUUCGUCGGCAACGAAGUCCUCACAUUCAACGACACGUCGUUAACCGGCAAUCUCCUCCCGGCGAUGCAGAGCGUCCACACCGCGCUGGUCAAUCUAAACCUGGACAAGCAGGUCACCGUCACCACUGCUCAUUCCCUCUCCAUUCUUGAAAAUUCUUUCCCGCCGUCGGCCGGAACUUUCCGCCGGGAUAUAAAGAACUGCAUAGCUCCGAUCCUCGAUUUCCAUUCCAAAACCGGAUCCCCGUUCUUAAUCAACGCCUACCCUUACUUCGCAUACAAAUCAAACCCGAAGCAAGUUCCAUUGGACUACGUCCUCUUCCAGCCCAACGCCGGAUCGCCGGAUCCGGCGACUAAUCUCCACUACGACAACAUGCUCUUCGCUCAGAUCGACGCAGUCUACGCCGCGCUGGGAUCUCUGGGCUACAAAAAACUCCCAGUUCACAUCUCCGAGACAGGGUGGCCUUCUAAAGGCGACGACGACGAGGCCGGAGCCACGCCGGAGAAUGCGAAGAAGUACAACGGGAAUCUGAUCAAGCUGAUUUGCCAGAAUAAAGGCACGCCGUUGAGGCCGAACUCGGAUCUGAAUAUCUACGUGUUUGCUCUGUUUAAUGAGAACAUGAAACCCGGCCCGAGCUCCGAGAGGAACUUCGGGCUUUUGAAACCUGAUGGAACUCCGGCGUACUCGCUUGGAUUCUCGCUGAACAGUAGCUCAAGUAGUAAGGGCAACAGUAGCAGUAGCAGCUCGUCCGGGUCGGGUCAGGGUGGGAUUAAUCCGAUUACUAUCGGAUCGUCGCCGCCUGGUUCUUCCAGUAACGGCUACUUGUCCAUCUCAUCCGCCUCCGCCACUGUGAGUGUUACUUCACUUUUUACUGUUUUACUUUUUACGUGUCUAUUUUUACUGGGCCAAAUGUCUAGUGGACUAUCGGGGUCGUUAAAUCUUGAUAAGCGUGACUGUGGUCCGUUGAAUUUUUGUUGGGAAUUAAAUUGUAGUGACGUGCCGUGGAAAACGACGUCGUUUGUCGUCGUUGUCAUCUGUCACUAACAUAAAUGCUACAAACCUUUGUCGUCAGCGUCACAUGGUUUUUGUAGCAAGCAUUUGCUGGAAGCCCACAUUUUGGAAGUGCUUUCUAGUUUCUAAUGGAAAACACUCCUUCUCUUUCUAAAUUAGAUGGAGUGCUUCCAAACUCGAUUUUAUUUACAUAUGUUGGGGCAUUAUAAAAGCACUGAAUUAUGUUUCAUGGUUAAACACUUUUUAACUUUUAACAAUCUUUUUUUUUUUGAUCAAAAGGUCAUACGAUUUAAUCAGAACAAGUAGUACAAAGACGACGUACCCUUGUAGGGUCGUCAGAAAACAUCGUAUUGCAGAAUUGCAAGUCCUAUACUAGAUAAAGCAUAAGCUUUGAAAUCCUAAGUACACCCACCUUAUAGCGAUUAAGCACAAUUAUU